UAGGGGUGGGGACACAGGCGGACGAGAGACAGCCACUCAGCGGACACUCCACAAAGCAAUAUUCCUCAGUACUCAAACUGUCAAUCAGGAUUAAUGGUCCCUGUAAGACUUCCAUCAGAUACAAUAGUUUCUACCACUGAAGGGGUUGAGGAGGAGUUUCGAGUGGUGAUUCAGAAAGAACUGUGGCGAUAACGUCUCGUACGAAAGCGUAGCACAGGGCACUUGUGCCAGCAGAUCGAGGCUUACUUGUGGAGACUGGAUUUCGCCUUCUACGUUGAGAAUUUGUUCUAACAUGAAUGUGCUUCGGGCGACGAAAUUUAUUCCAAGCACUCAAUAAAGAGCGCGACCUAUGUGAAAUGUCUGUGGAUUGAAUGAGUCCCGCACGCCCCAAAUCGGAAUGAGAAUAGGUCUGUUCCGCCGCUGAGCAGGCUUGAUUACUGUUGCUACGACUCAGUGCGCACUGGUUGCAACGCACAGCAAUAAUGCACGGUUCAGAUACGUAGGCAAGAUAUAUGCGUGUCAUUAAAACAUCAGAAUAUUACGAGCCUUGUGUUGUCUUGAAAGGUAAGCAACACCUCAUCAGAGAAUAUCGGUUAGCUGUCGAAAGGAUUCAAAACGCUGACAUUUGGUGCGCAGGGAAGCAAGGAAACCUGAGUUGAGAUGGACCUGAAGACUUUGGGCUGCGUUGUGCUGUUCCUCAUCCAGAUCCUCUACUACACAGUCAAGGCGAGCGUUUGCUGGCUGCUACCGAGCAGGAGGAGAAGUCUAGCCGGGGAAAUUGUACUGAUCACAGGCGGAGGAAGGGGCAUCGGACGGCACUUGGCCACGGAGUUUGCCAAACAGGGGGCAAAGAAGGUCAUCCUAUGGGGUCGCACAGAGAAGUGCCUGAAGGAGACGGCAGAGGAUCUCAGUCAGUCGGGCACGGAGUGCCACUACUUCAUCUGCGACGUGGCCAACCGUGAGGAGGUCUACAGGCAGGCCAAGGUGGUCAGGGAGAAGGUGGGAGAUGUGACCAUCCUGGUAAAUAAUGCGGCGGUGGUCCACGGUAAAAGCCUCAUAGACAGCGAUGACGACGUGCUGCUCAAGUCCCAGCACAUCAAUACAAUGGGCCAAUUCUGGACGACGAAGGCCUUCCUUCCUCGCAUGCUGGAGCUGCGCAAUGGCCACGUGGUCUGCAUCAACUCCAUCCUGUCCCAGUCGCCCAUCCCGGGCACCAUCGACUACUGCACAUCCAAGGCCUCCUCGCUGGCCUUCAUGGAGAGCCUGACCCUGGGGCUGGUGGACUGCCCGGGGGUCAGCUGCACCACCGUGCUGCCCUUCCACACCAACACGGACAUGUUCCAGGGCAUGAAAGUCAGGUUCCCACAGCUCUUUCCCCCACUCAAGCAAGAGGUGGUGGCCCAGCGCACGGUGGACGCGGUAAAGACCAACACCGCCUUUGUCUAUCUGCCCUGGACGAUGCACAUGCUGGUCAUCUUAAAAAGCAUUUUACCACAGAGUGCCAUGGAGGAGAUUCACAAGUUUUCCGGAAGCUACACCUGCAUGAACACUUUCAAGGGGCGGACAUAGGAGUCAGGCCCACAGCACAGCUUUGAGCCCCAUCGUGCUCCAAACCUAAAGACAUUUGGGAAGGAACUGAAUGCCAGAGAGGUCAACAGUGAAGAAGCUUCAGGACAUUUUGGCAGCGUCGGAAGCCCCUAGCCCGUGUGAUCGAGUUCGUCUAGGAGCUGGAUUUCCUCCCGGCGACCCCACUCAGAAGACAUGGAUGUGGAUAUUCCUUCCAGUAAAAGACUGCACCUGUUUCUUCACUCAGUGUGGCUCUUCCUAGUCUGCCAUGAUAAGCUGGGAGCCUCUCCUUUGAUGAGUGAGAGCCAAGACUAGAGAGAGCUCCAUAGACUGCCUCUCUAGUGUUUGCGGACAGUUCAUUGUUUGUUUGUAUAAUAAUUGUAAUGUUUUUUUUUUUUUAAAUAAUUAACUAAUGUGUCUGUAAAUUCAGCUGUUGAAUAAAAAAAUACAGGUUUUAACGUAAA